AGUCAACAGACUGGUCAGCCGGAUUUAUAUAUUUGCGAUAACGUCGUCAACUGGUAGUAAUAUUUUACGAUUUCUUUUAAUGUAUGAAAAUGUGAUUUACUGUUAACGCUAAAGCUUAUGCAGAAUCGGGGCUUGCACAGCCCUUGCUCAAUCAUCAAUACAGCUUUCAGAGCAGAGUUUAUAUUAAUUGUUUGACGUGUCAUGUAAUCGUGAAGUAUCGAAUUUUGGAGAAUGCAAGAUAAUGGAUCAUGUUUAACUAAUGUCCACGAAGCUGUUCGUUAUGGUAAUAUUACAGAGCUUCAGGCUAUGAUCAAGGGUGGUGCUGGAAUAAAUGAUGUAGAUGGAAAGUAUAAGUUUACUCCUCUUCACUGGGCCUGUAAUUAUGGGAGUCUUGAGUGCUUACACUGGUUGUUAUGGCAUGGUGCAUCAUUUUCAGAAAAAUCUCCAGAUGGUUGGACACCAGCUCAUAUUGCUGCCAUACGUGGUCAAGAUGCUUGCAUUCAGGCAUUAGCUGCAAAUGGAGCAUCGUUGGAAGAGAAAGACAUGAAUGGUUCAACGCCAUCUCAUUUGGCAGCAACCCAUGGUAAUUCUUACACUCUGCAGUCAAUUUUAAGACAUGGAAUUGACAUUGAUUGUGUAAAUAAACAUGGCUGGACUUCUAUUCAUGCUGCAUCCUUUCAUGGCAGACUUGGCUGUCUUCAACUUCUGUUUCGAUGGGGUGCUCGAUUGGAUGAAACAGAUACACAAGGAAACACACCUGUUCAUCUAGCUGCUGUUGAGGGUCACUUGCCUUGUCUCAAGUUUUUGAUUUGCUCUGCAUCGAGCAUUGAUCAGUCAAUAAAUUCUCGUAAUAAUCAGGGUGAACGACCUUUAGAUUUAUGUGUUCAAAUGCAUAAACAAGAUUGUAUUGAUUAUCUGCAAGCUGUAGAGUACGAUCUUCUACAUCCUGAGAAAGAAGAAAAUCUUGCUUUUCCUGCUCAUGCAGCAGCGUACAAUGGCGAUCUGUCAAAUCUAAAAAUGCUCAUUGAAACUGGUGUUGUGUCAAUAAAUGAAAGAAAUGAUCAAGGAUCAACACCUACACACAAAGCUGCUGGUAAUGGCCAUUUAGAAGUUCUGCAGUGGUUAAUUGAACAAGGAGCUGAUUUGUCAAUUGUUAAUGCUGCCGGGGAAACACCAAAGGAUGUUGCAAGAAGAUUUGGAAGACUUGCUUGUAUCAAUAUACUUGGUGGAGAUACUGGUCACGAAGAUCUCAUCGACGAAGUGAACAAGGAUGAAGAGCCGAGAGAAAAUCGAACAAGUUCUGAAGCAAAAGGUCGUGCUAAACGUAAGAUGGAAGAAUUGCAGCGAUUGUUGAAUACAGCGAAAAUGAAUUUUCAACAGCUUGGUGGAGAACUGGAGGAAGAUAAAAUCGAACAGGAAGAGAAAAAAGAAAGUGCAAGAGUGAUACGGGAGCUUGAGGCUCAGUUGGAGUACGAACGAGUUCGACGAGAAGAACUUGAGGAAGAUUCUGAUAAACUUCGCUCAAAGAUACAUUCUUUAACGAUGGAACUUGAAGAAUCUCGCAAUGUUUCGUUAUCUAAGGUGCGAUCUUUGGAACUGACGGACAAACCACAACGAAAGAAAAAAACUAAGAGGCGCCCACAUACAGCACUUACCAGAGAUCUUCGUGGUUUUGAAUAAACACGAGAUUUGGAUUCUAAGGACUUGUUGACCCAACAAAGCAUUACUUCAUACUCGACCAGACUAGGCAGGGGGGGUAGGAACAUUCAUGCAUUGAUCAUACAAAACCCAAGUAUAUAAAUUCAUACGUUGAUCAUACAAAACCCUUCAUAUCCAUUGCUAGAAUAGCGUUCAUGAACAAGCGCCGUAAUCAGAUGCAAAGAAAGAUGCUAAAACAAUUCAGGAAUAAUAAAAAUAUUGAAUUCAUAAUAAUUUACUUGCUCACAUUUAAGCAGUUAAGAACUUACAAUCAGGCUUACAAUGGCAGUAAAUUGACUGGAAUGUAUUGAUGUUUGAAAAAUCUUGUUAAAUAUUCUUGUGGCUGCAGAAGUUAAAAUAAGUAAUCGUUGUUUAACAACGCUUAUUGUGAAUUAAGGUUUUACCAAAAA